AACUUCUUGACCCCCAGCCUGCACUUGACGUCUACCGUGCCACCCUUCACUGUAACCCGUCACGCUCGGUGCGUGCGCUCGUGGCGAAGAAGGGAAUCCUGUGGUCGACUUUGACACCGUCGCGGACGACUUCACUCAUCUCGCGUCUCUUCAAGGCCGCGAGCUUGCUCGCUUCUACAGUCUUUGGACGAGCGAAAGCGGCGAGCUUUGCAUGCUACUUGUCGAGGACCUCGGUACCCUCGAGGACAACCUUGGAUACCUGUGGGACAACAGUUUGAUCUCACCAUCGAGCUAUGCUACCUCGUUCCCCGCGUUGAUUCGCGCCUUCCAUGACGCAGGCGCCGCGACAGAUGACUCGUCACCCGAGAUCUACUUCAUCUAUCCCCGGGGCAACGGGUUGUGCUACGGCAUGUUACCGCCGAUGAUGUUUGAUGACCCAGACAAGCACGAGGUGUUCAAACGCCAGACCGUCUACGAGGAGCGGUGGGUAAACAAGUGGUUGACCUUCGGGUGAUAACUCGGCGCAAACUCCGUCGUCGCUAUUG